AGAUGCCGCCGCACAACGCUGUGCUUGAAACGUUUCAGAAAUUUGAUAAAGAUGGCAAUGGUUCCAUUAGCAGGGAGGAAUUGGUGGAGGUCUUGCGAACUUUAGAUCCAGAUGACUGGGACGACAAUUCGGUUGAUCAUUUGUUGGCAAGUGCGGAUGCCAAUGGUGAUGGGGCUCUACAAAUCGAGGAAUUCGUGCGUUGGGUUUUUGCGGAAGACGUGAGCAAAUUGGGAAGCGCUUCCCUUGGAAACAGUUCCCUCACCAUUUUGAUCGAUGGUUCUUCCCGGGAUGAUCUCAAUGGUGAAUACGUGCAACAGGAUGAAUUUUACGGUCACCGGCCUGUCUUUUUCAACGCGGAGAAAGGCAAAUAUCUGUUCUACAACCAGAAACACCGUCGCUGGCAGAUCUUUGUCCGCACCAGCUGGAAGGCCAGUGCCCGGCUUUGUACCAAGAGAGCUCCGCACCUUUCAGGGGAAACUUGGCAUGUCUACAACGGGAAGAAAUUUCUGACUGAACCGGAGAUGUCGACGAAACUCGCGCCGCCUUCGACGGCUGAAGAGAAGUGCGCCAAGGCUGCGGAUGCCAUUUAUGUUAAAACCCAGUGGAGUAAUGUCACUGGUGGUUUCAUGAAAACAGAGAAAAUUUGCAAUGAGCGCCCUGUCUACUAUGAUGAAGAGCAUAAGUCAUGGUUGGCAUACGAUGGCCGGAAAGAGAGAUGGGUAGUGGCAAAGCAUCUCAAAACAGAUGGGCCAAGAGAUACGUGGGUCACCUCUUUGAAGACAGAUGUGUUUUCUCCUGACUUGACUGGAUGGCGUGGCACAACGACCGCCGUCCGGGUUGAUGCCAAAGGGAGGGAACGUUACCGUGGAGAUGGUGGUUGGAUCGAUGAAUCCUUUCCCCACAGCGAGGAAAGCAUUGGCAAGAAGAAGGAGUGCGACUGGGUCCGCGCCAAAGAUCUCGCGGAGCCUCCAGCCUUGUUCUCCACCGUUGAGCCAGCUGAUGCUUGUCAGGGAGCUCUUGGAGAUUGUUGGCUCAUUGCAGCUCUUGCUGGUGUCGCCGAAUUUCCAAAUUUCAUCCGGGACCACAUCUUUGAGACAAAGGCACUGGCAGAGGAUGGCAAGUAUCGCAUCAAACUCUACGAUUGGACCAGCAAGAGCUGGAAGGUGAUGGAGAUUGAUGACUACAUCCCUUGCCAGCCUCGGAAAUGGUACGAACCAAGUGCGGUCACACUGUUUGCUCAAGUCUCCAAUAAACAGCUAUAUGUGGUUCUGAUGGAGAAGGCUUUCGCGAAAAUGAUUGGAUCCUACCAGGCGCUUUCUGGCGGCCUUUCUGGGGUGGCCUGGGUUGCCAUGACGGGCGAGACGGAUCUAAUGUGGUUCUCCAGGGAAAGGCAUCGGCCCAAGUGGGACGUCACCGGCUCCCGCGGCUUGAUCGUCCGCAGUGGCUGUGACCUGGACAGUGAGAAAUUGGGACGCUUGGGCCAUGGAGCUGUUUUUCUAGAGCUGGAGAAAUUUGGUUAUCGCGUCCAUUUCAAGAAGCUCGAAGGCGAUGGUCCUGACGAGGGCUGGCUCUCCUGCUACAUCAGCGGCUAUGAAGUCGCCAGGUGCCGAGACCCUGUGGAGUGGCAGCAGAAACAAGUGCAUCUCCCUUCCAGCAUCAAGUUUAGCAUCGGAACUGGCCGCACCUUGGCCAAAGUGGAUCAGGAUACCAUGUGGGGCAACUUGGAAAAGUUCGACCGGGCCAACUUCCUCAUGGCGGCCUCCAUACACACGGGGAAGAAAAGUGAACACAAACGGGAAGAUGGUUUGGUGGAAGGACAUGCCUAUUCAAUCAUCCAUGCGGUGGAGCGCAAAGGCUUCAAACUGGUUUGCUGCAGGAACCCUUGGGGCAACAAGAUGGAGUGGAACGGGCCCUGGUGUGACCAGAGCCAGGAAUGGACCGCCCAUCCCGAUCUGGCAGAUGAGCUGGAGGUGGACCAGAAGGCCGAUGGACUCUUUUGGAUGGAUUGGGAAAGCUUCGGGCAGACGUUUGUUAUCAUCGAGGUUUGCCCCAGGUCCAUGCCGGUUGAGCGGGCCAAUUUUGCCCAGUCAGCUGAGUAGAGCUAGCCGGAGCUAGUUGGAGCUAGCUGGAGCUGUGCAUGGCUUGUGCCAAAGUUAGCAGAAGUUGUACGAUCUUCAGAUAUCGUAUGGCCAUGCCAUACAUCAUUCUGCAUUUGUAUCCCAUUGGCCCUGCCGAUGAGCAGGGCAGUUACAAAUAAUUCAAAUAGUUUCCAUAUUUUUCAAUGCCAUGCAGCAUGAAUUCUGGGAGGCCGCCUUGAGGUGGAAA